AUGGACCGAUCAAACAAGCCCUCCGCAAUUGGAGUGGGAGCUUCCCUUCCCCAGCCCACCCUCUCCAUCAAGGACAACGUCGUCGAAGCUUCGUUGCCCACCGGCCAGUCAGUGACCGUGCACCUGUACGGCGCUACUGUGACCUCGUGGAAGACCGGCGGCCAGGAGCAGCUGUUCGUCAGUGAGAAGGCUCAUCUAGAUGGCUCCAAGCCUAUCCGGGGUGGCAUUCCGGUGGUGUUCCCAGUCUUCGGUCCCCCGCCACAGAACCACGCUACCUCAUCCCUACCACAACAUGGCUUCGCUCGCAACUCCAACUGGGAGUUCUUGGGCAAGUCCUCUUCGGAAGCGCCCGGAAGGGAUAGCGACCAAACCGAUCUUACAGUGAAGUUGGAUUUCGGGCUGUCGCACUCUAUGCUGACCGAUGAGUUCCGCGCCGCUUGGCCAUAUGAGUUCGGUCUGGUGUACAGUGUUACGCUCACCACGAACUCGCUGGAAACGGCACUGCAGGUUCGCAAUGAGGGCCAGCAGAACUUUGAGUUCAAGGUGCUUAUGCACACAUAUCUGAGCAUUGCGGAUAUCUCCGACAUCCGUGUUAAGGGUCUCGAAUCCAAGACAUACGUCGAUAAGACCCUCCAAGGAACUUCUCACACUGAAUCGAGCCCCGCAUUGGCCAUCACCCAAGAAACCGAUCGCGUCUACCAACAACUUGACCCUGCCGUUCCAAUCGUCGUUGCCUCUGCGAAGGAUGACCAACCUUUGUUCUCGAUCACUCGGGAAGCUCUGACUGAUGUUGUGGUCUGGAACCCUUGGAUCGAGAAGGCCAAGGGCAUGGCCGAUUUCGGCCCAGACGAAGCUUACAAGAACAUGAUCUGUGUGGAGGCUGGCUCAGUGUCUGCUUGGCAAACGCUUGAAGCUGGAGAGGCCUGGGAAGGUGGACAGAGCAUCAAGUCGCGACUAUGA